UGUGGAUUUUGCUUCUUGCUGCUGGGUGAGGGAACAGGGUGUGAUUUAGCGUGAUUCCUUUUUCGCCCAGCAGCCAGGAAAUUGAGAGCUGAACUCGUUGCUCAAUUCCAAAUGUCCCUUCUGUUUUUGGAGUGACGUGUAGUCAAGCAGGAGAACUGCUACUCUGGACUUGGGCUGCUUUAAGGUGUUGAAAGCCCAAACCGGCACAAUUGAAGUGGGCAUGGAAACCACGUGCAAACCGGGGUAUUUGCCUUAAAAUGGGUGAAACGCUGCGAAUUCAGUUCCACGCCACUUCUCAAGCAGGUUGCCUCUUUCUGCAUGAAUGGCCCCUUUUCUGCAAGGAGUCUGAGUGGGAAAUCGUGACACCCGGGUGCGAGUGGGAAGGCCUCCGCCUUCAGUAGCAGGCACAGUCUCGUGUCAACCAAGCGGAUGUCAACCGAAGCCAGAGAAUCCGGGAAUAAUGGGUCCAGCACGGACCUGCAUGCCACCCGCCAGAUCCUCUGACUAGAGUGCAGCUCUGUCCAGAGCAGGUGAGCCUGACCAUCAAGGCAGUCCACUAGUCCCUGUGGAGUAAGGGUUGAUGAGUGCCACAGCGGGGGAGCAAAGCUCCCUUGGGAAGGCCAGGGCGCGAAGGGCACCUUGUCAUUCCAAGCAUUCAGGCUUUCCUCCUUCCUUCCUUCCUUCCGUCCGUCCUUCCUUCCUUCCACGUGAUGCACAAAAGCUGCUUUGAACCCACGGCGCUCAUCCCUCCCCCUCAGCAGAUGCACAUUGUCUCGUCGGUCUCUCUCCACUGGGGUUACCGUGGUGGUGAGAUUGUGGGGGAUGAGGAAGAGGCUGCUGGACCAGCUUACCCCUCCCCGCUUACAUGCUUACUGCUUCCAGACCUCACCCUUCUCGGCCCGCCACACUUUCCUUUUUCUCCCCGACUUCCCCUCCAUCUCUUCUGAGUGGCCCAUUUUCCCUUUCUCUUCAUGAAAGAUUCUGAGUCGACGGGGUUUCCCAAAAAAGGACUUCAGCAUUGCAUCUGAUUAUGACAUUUCCUUUGCCACUCCCUUUCCUGUGAAGAAACACGAGUUUCUCUCUCCCUCUUUUGUGUGUUCCUCUACCCCCAAGUCUGUGCAUCUUACCUUCUUUUAAACAUACGAUGCCAAGCUGUGGAAGGAGCCGUUAGUCUGUUUGGAGGGGUCCCCAAGAUGGCUAGAUGGAACCCGGCCGGCCUUGGAACAGGUGCCGCUCCAUAAGCCGCAAGAGCCCUAGGAAGGGCGGCUCUGAGCAGGACUCGUGGCCAACCCGUGGCCAGAAAAGACUGCCACAGCGUGCCAGCACGGCAGAAAAGAGCUGCCCAUGCCGACGGUACAUGAAGUGGAGAAGCAGUACCCAGAGCCAGAGUACCCAGAGAGACCCCUUCCAAUGUCUCAGCAUGAGACGUCCCCGGCAGCACUGCGACGGGCCAGCAACCACCGACGGACCAACCCCUGCUGCUUCUGCUGGUGCUGCUGCUGCAGCUGCUCGUGGAACGAAGACCGUGAGCGGGCAUGGAGAGCAUCACGGGACACCAAACUGGAGACCAUCCCAAACUGGGAAUCCUGCACCAAACCAACUACUGAGGAAAUCAAGGGCUGGUCCCAGUCGUUUGACAAGUUGAUGAAAAACCCCGCCGGCCGAAAUGUGUUCCGGGAGUUCUUACGGACUGAGUACAGCGAGGAGAACAUGCUCUUCUGGCUGGCUUGCGAGGACCUCAAAAGCGAGUACAACAAGCACUCCAUCAACGAGAAAGCGCGGAUGAUCUACGAGGACUACAUCUCCAUCCUUUCGCCCAAGGAGGUCAGCCUGGACUCCCGCGUGCGCGAAGGCAUCAACCGCAAGAUGCAGGAGCCGUCGACUCACACCUUCGACGACGCGCAGCUACAGAUCUACACACUCAUGCACAGAGACUCCUACCCGCGUUUUCUGAACUCGGCCAUAUACAAAGCACUGCUCCAGAGCCUCUCGCGGUCGUCCUCCGAGUCCUAAGCCUGGCUGCCGCCAGCGGAAGGGAAACAGUGAGGGAGCGGUCGAUUGGCUUUCAUACUGCAGGGGUGUAUAAAUAUACAUAACCCACUUGGUCUUGCAGAACUAAGAGACCUAAAAUGGCAUUCCAGGUGCUCCAAAUCCCGUAUUCUCUCUGGUUCGGACUUCAGCCCAGCUGUUCUGUCACUGGGAAGCUCUCUCCAUGCAAUCCCCUCUUGUCUUCUUCCACCAGAAAAGUGGGCAGCGGCACCUGCUUUCCCCUGAAGCUCGAUACUCAGGCCUCUGGUUAUACUACUGAAUCCAGGUUGGCAAGCCGGCCUCUGGUUGACCACACCGAAGAACUGGAGUAUGGAUGGAAGCAGCCACGUUUGGGGGAGGGGGGAGGGUUCGGGAGGAGGCGCCACAGACAACGUGGUGGAAGGAAAAGGCGAAACUCCGUGUGUUCUGAAUGUUGUUCUUCGAAAUGUCAUCUCCCCCGUGUUCAAGAAGUUGUCUCCGUGGUGGUCCUGUAGAUGCAGAGAGAUCUCAAGUGGUUCAGGUGGUAACUUUCAUCGGGCCAGUCAGUUGGUAGUCUAGGAUCCAUGUCAUGUAAAUUUUUAGGACGUCAGCUCCCACAAACGCUGCUGGUAGGGCAGUGGUCAAGAAUGCUGGGAGUCGAAGUCUAAUGCAUUUGGAUAUCUAUGUUUUACCUAGGAUUAGGAUUAGAAGAAUCUAAAUUGCACUUAAGUAUUUGGUAUCUGGAAGAUGCUUCUUCACUAGAGAAAGGUUCUGCAAAACCCAGAAGAGCUUUAGUUGCUUUUCCUCAUGCUGGGGACACACGCCCUUCUGGAAGGCUUCUCUCAUCUCGGUGAGGGAGGAACCUUGCAUGAGGCUGGUCUCAGAACCCUUCAAAGGACAGGUAGGGUUGUGAAAGCUCCAUUGAGAGCUGAGCUUCCCACUAGGCCUGUCGUAAGCCUUCCCCAGAACCAGCUUCAAAGUAAGCCCAGCUGUCCUGGAAACCCGACAGGCUUUGUGAUGGGUGCAGAAGGCUUGUCCACGGAGGGGCCUCUGAGCUGACCUCAUGCAGUCGCUUGCACUGCGAAGACCAAGGAGGCUUUUGGCCUUUGAUGGCCAAGAAGCUUCCCAAGCCAGCCAGAUCUGAGCAGGAAGCUCUAGGGCUCAGAACGGGUUUUGGAAAGAGGGCAGGGCUCUCUCUCACAUGGAAAAUGUGAGUCCACCAAUGCUUUCAGGAGCUGAAUUGAGGCCUUCUCUCUCCUUCAGCAGAAUAAGAAAGUCAUUGCCCCAAACCUACAGCAGGGGUUGUGUGAUGGCCUUGGCUGUGUGUUAGCACACACUUGCCGCUGGACACACGCUUCCAGAGCCCUGGAAGCCAAGCCGUCCUGCCUUGAGUCGCAGAAGGCCCUGGAUAUCCUGCUGAAGGGCUGUCUGCAAGCACCUGAUUCGGGCCACUGUGGGAAGCCAGCUGCUAAACGAGGCGGACCCAUGGUCCCACCCAGCUGAGUUUCUCUUACGUUAGCUGCUCUGAGUGGAAUGGAGAGCUCUGGCGAAGGCCAGUCGUUGUCCAGCUUCACGCUGCCCCCAUCGCGCUGUGGCUGAUCUUCUCAUAAGGAAGACCCACUUGGAUGGGAUGUGACAGCCGCCUGUCCAUUCUGCAGGCCUAGUUGCUCAAGGCGAAGUUCUCACCCGAACCAUUUCAGGUCCCACCAACAUCCACCUGGGCUGCUCUCACUUUACGAACUCUCCCUUACUCCAGAGAUGCCGCUGGUUUUGUGUCACCUUCCAUCAAAGGUGUGGCAUCGCCACUUUCCCCCUCUCCUGUUUCAUGAUUUGAAAUGCUUCUCUAUUGUUUUGUUUUGGGUGCUGGAAUUGUAGCAGAUGCUAAUAAUAGGGAUAAGUUUCAGGUCUGUGUCCCUCUGUUUGGGGCAGGAGGAAGAGCCGGAGUACCACUGCCUCCUAACUCGAGAGAUGAGCGCGUGUGUGUUUUGAAAGCUGUGUCCAGCAAAACACAAUGUUCACAAACACCGAGGACUGUUCUCAUGCCGUCUCUGCCCUCACUAGUAGAAGCAACUCUGCACAUGCUGGGGUGCUAGUUCCACUGCCAAAACAAAUCCUUCUCUAGUGUCUUUCAGCUAACCGUCACUCAUUUCUGGUUGCAACACAGAAAAUUUGGUUGGAGUCACAUAAAAAGCAGUGGAGUUUGUUUUCCAUACAAUACUCAGAUUAGAGAACGUGCAUCCACAUGGCAGUCUUCAGAAACAUCUUUUUGUGACCGCUGGAACUCUCUUCCACCAGAAAUAAUAAAUCGUAUAGGAAAAUGAGAAUGGCA